UUUAUAUUUCUGGAUCUCAGCAUACAUACCCUAAAAUUAGAGGAAUGAUGCCAAAAGAACCCAAAAUUAAUUAUAAAGUUGAGAAAAAUAUCUCCAAGUCUUUUAGAAUUUAGAAGUUCAAUUUAAACCAUUACAAGGAUGCCACGUAACCUCUUCAAAACCACAUCCAUUUUCCUCUAUUAAUCACUGCUUCUUCCCCUCAUUACUCAUUAGACAACACCAUUUUCUCUUCUCUCUGUUCAUCUUCAACCCCAUUCCAGGGAGAAUACUUGCUGCUUGUGAGAAUGGCUUCCUCAUCAGCCUGCCUUCUCGGACACAGUUCAUCCACCUCCAGCACUAAAACGAUUUUGCGGAAGAAAAUUUUUCAUGGGCACCAACUCGCUACUCUUCGACGUGCAGUGUUGCUAAGGUCACCAAAUUCUUUCAUUGUUAAAGCAUCUUCAGACAAGGCUCAAAAUAAUGGAAGAAGAGGCUUUUUAAAAUUAUUAAUUGGGAAUGCUGGAGUUGCCUCAACUUUUGCUGGUAGUAGAAUGGCUUAUGCUGAUGAGCAAGGAGUUUCUUCUUCGAGGAUGUCUUACUCUAGGUUUCUAGAGUACCUCGACAAAGAUAGGGUAAAGAAGGUUGAUUUGUUUGAAAAUGGGACAAUAGCCAUUGUGGAAGCCGUCUCUCCUGAGUUGGGCAAUCGUGUGCAACGAGUUCGUGUUCAACUCCCAGGCCUUAGCCAGGAGCUGCUUCAGAAACUAAGGGAGAAAAACAUUGACUUUGCAGCACAUAAUGCUCAAGAAGACUCUGGUUCUCUGUUGUUUAAUUUGAUAGGAAAUCUUGCUUUCCCGCUUAUCUUGAUCGGGGGUCUUUUUCUUCUCUCUAGACGCUCUUCUGGUGGAAUGGGUGGUCCAGGUGGGCCUGGGAACCCUCUGGCAUUUGGCCAAUCAAAAGCCAAGUUUCAGAUGGAACCUAAUACUGGGGUAACGUUUGAUGAUGUUGCUGGUGUUGAUGAAGCAAAGCAGGAUUUCAUGGAGGUGGUAGAAUUCUUAAAGAAACCUGAGAGGUUCACUGCUGUAGGAGCUCGCAUCCCUAAAGGAGUUCUGCUUGUUGGUCCACCAGGAACUGGAAAGACUCUGCUAGCUAAGGCUAUUGCUGGAGAAGCUGGCGUUCCAUUUUUCUCCAUUUCUGGUUCAGAGUUUGUUGAAAUGUUUGUUGGUGUCGGAGCAUCUAGAGUGCGUGACCUUUUCAAGAAGGCAAAGGAAAAUGCUCCUUGUAUUGUUUUUGUUGAUGAAAUUGAUGCAGUGGGGAGGCAAAGAGGUACUGGAAUUGGAGGAGGAAAUGAUGAAAGAGAACAGACAUUGAAUCAGCUUCUGACUGAGAUGGAUGGCUUUGAGGGAAACACCGGUAUUAUUGUUGUUGCUGCAACUAAUCGAGCAGACAUUCUUGAUGCUGCCUUAUUGAGGCCUGGACGAUUUGAUAGACAGGUAACAGUAGAUGUUCCCGAUGUACGUGGAAGAACAGAGAUCUUGAAAGUUCAUGCCGGAAAUAAGAAAUUUGACACUGACGUCUCCCUCGAUGUAAUAGCAAUGAGAACACCUGGUUUCAGUGGAGCAGAUCUGGCAAAUCUCUUAAAUGAAGCAGCUAUUUUGGCUGGUCGACGUGGUAAGACAGCAAUUUCUUCCAAAGAGAUAGAUGAUUCAAUUGAUAGGAUCGUAGCUGGAAUGGAAGGAACUGUUAUGACUGAUGGUAAAAGCAAAAGUCUUGUCGCAUAUCAUGAAGUGGGACACGCUAUCUGUGGAACUCUUACUCCUGGACAUGAUGCUGUUCAAAAGGUUACCCUUAUACCUCGAGGUCAAGCACGAGGACUCACCUGGUUCAUUCCUUCUGAUGACCCAACCCUUAUUUCAAAGCAGCAACUCUUUGCAAGAAUCGUAGGUGGUCUUGGUGGCCGAGCUGCAGAGGAAAUAAUAUUUGGUGAGCCUGAAGUCACCACUGGAGCAGCUGGUGAUCUGCAACAAAUCACCGGUUUGGCUAAACAGAUGGUGACUACAUUCGGGAUGUCUGAAAUCGGUCCAUGGUCUCUUAUGGAUGCAUCAGCACAAAGUGGGGAUGUCAUAAUGAGAAUGAUGGCCAGAAACUCCAUGUCAGAAAAGCUAGCUGAGGAUAUUGACACUGCUGUGAAAAGCAUUACGGAUAGUGCUUAUGAGAUCGCCUUGAGUCACAUAAGAAACAACCGAGAGGCCAUCGACAAGAUUGUUGACGUUCUUAUAGAAAAAGAAACAAUGAGUGGGGACGAGUUCCGAGCUCUUCUUUCCGAGUUUGUCGAGAUUCCUCCAGAAAACCGUGUACCUGCAGCAGUGGCCCCGUCUGCUGUAACAGUAUAAGUAUAUAUAGAAACAGGUUUUUCAUGUUCUUUUGUAUCAAGUUAUACAUAUGUUACUCGACUCAUACACUCGUGUACGAUAUGAGUACAUGUCCAAGUGUCCGACUUGGUUUUUAUGAAAAUUUCACAAUAUCUUGAACCAAACUGAAGUGUCUAGAUGUCCUAUCCAUGUCAUAUACUUAUACAAUGUCUCUUAAUGGGGGUUUUACCAGAAGUAUUCUCAUGUAAUAUAUGUGUUGUGAAAUUGUAAUUAACAGUUGAAAACAAUUUCUAAUCUCCCGCAUUUCCCUCUAAUUUCUUGA